UUUAUUUACAAACGUCAGUGAAUUGCAGAAAAAAUAUUAAUUAGUACACGAACAGUGUUUAUUAAUUAAUUUUGGUGGAACUAAAGUUUAAAUACAAUCUAAAAUGACUUCAUACACUGAAGGCUUUGAUAAUUUUUCUGUAACAUUGUUUUUCGAAAAUUAUGGAUGGAUACUGUUAGGGGCAUUUAUUCUAUUUUAUUGUUUGUACAAUAAAUUGGCCCCUAAGAUAAGCAAAUAUUUUCAGCAACGUGAGGAAAGAAACUAUGCUGCAAAGUACCAUAAAGAUGUUGAUGUUAUAUUUGAUAGACUGACUAAACAGCAAAUAUUGGUAGAAAAACUGCAGGAAAAAUAUAACAAAGAGGCAGAAGAGUAUAAAAAAAAACUUGAAGAGAGGGAAAGAAAGAAACGAGAAGAAUUUUUAGAAAAGCAAAACUUAAUAUGUGGUGGACAGAAACUUGGAAGUAGCUCUGGGUCUGGAACAAAUAAAUCUUUUAAGCCUGAAUAUAAUCCUUUGAUGGGGAGUGGUGGCACUAAUUACCGGCCUCAGAGAAAAACACCAUGCUCAGGAGGGGGAUGUGGCAAAUAGUUUUCAUUUUUGUU